AUGGGGGUGCUGGGGAAAAUCAUGGUCCACAAGGGAGAGCAGGAGGAAGAGGCUGUUUGUGCUGAGAGCCACACAGGGCAGGAUCUGAGCCGGCAAGAGCAGCUUGGGAAUGGAGCCCCAGGCAGGAAGGAGCUCCCAAAGUCCUCCUGCUGGGAGCCAGUGGCCAUCCAGGUGUGGGGCCCGGCCAUGGCCCAGCCCCACACUUUUGAGCUGCUGCAAAGGAAGGAGAAACUGAAAGUCCUGCGGAGCCGCCAGCCAGGGGACAGGUGGCCCUGGCAGCGAGUGACAGCCAGUGCCCAUGGCCGGGGACACCGGGAUGGCCGGGAAGCCCAGACCCUCGGCCUCGCUGGUGCCCAGACCACCCAGCUCCUCGUGCAGCCCCCCUGGACGCCGGCGGUGCUGUGGGACCGGGUGACACUGACCUGCCAGGGCUCGGGCACUGCCGGUGCCACCACCUGGUUCAAGGACUGGCAGCACUGGGGGCAGGAUGGACGCGACAGCUUCCUUGUCACCGAGAGUGGCACCUACACGUGUGACAGACCCGGCAGUGGGCACAGCCCCCCCGUGCUGGUGUCAAAUGAGCCGCUGGCACUGCAGGUGCCAGCACGGGCACUGCUGGAGGGGGACAUGGUGACACUGCGCUGCCGGGGCUGGUCGGACAACCCUGUCACCAGCGUGAGAUUUUACCAGGAUGACAAGGAUUUGAGUGGGUCCAUCACAAGCACCGAGCUGUCCCUGUCCACCCAGCAGAUCCAAAACCGCGGCAGCUAUCGAUGCACGGGCUGGGUGGGAUCAGAAGUGAAAGUGUCAGCUCCGGUGACAGUGACAGUGCACGAGCUCUUCUCUGUGCCAGAGUUGGACGGUUCCCCCGAGCUCACUGUGGGGUCCCCCCUCAAUCUCAGUUGCCUCAGCACCCCCAGCCCCCUGCGGCCCCCAGCCCCCCUCCUGUACAGCUUCUACCAGGAUGGGCAGAGGGUGGGGGACCCGCAGGGGUCCCGGCAGUUCCUGGUGCCUGCUGUGGGGUUCUCCCUCACGGGGAAUUACAGCUGCGAGGUGAGCUCUGAAGGGGGGACCGUGCAGAAGAGCAGUGCCCGGCUCGGCGUCAGGGUGCGCAAGGUCCCACCCUCGGGGGUGUCCCUGUUGGUUCAGCCCCCCGGAGGACAGGUGACACUGGGGGACAGCCUGGUGCUGAGCUGCACGGUGGCCAUGGGGACAGGUCCCCUGUCCUUCUCCUGGCACCGGGAGGGCUCGGGGGCAAUGCUGGGCACCGGCCCCCACCUGGAGCUGCGGCACGUUGGGGACAAUGACAGCGGCCACUACCAGUGCCGGGUCAGCGACGGUGAAAGCGUGGCCCAGAGUGUCCCCCUGAAUGUCACUGUCCUGGUGCCCGUGGCCAAUGCCACCAUCACCCCCGGUCCCCCAGCACUCCAGGUGCGCCCAGGUGACCCCGUGACCCUGCGCUGCUCAGUGCAGUUGGGCUCAGCCCCUGUCACAUUCACUUGGCUGCACAAUGGGCAGGAGGUGGCCCGGGGUCCCCUCCUGGAGAUUGGGGACGUCGAUGUGGGACAUUCGGGCACCUACCAGUGCAUGGCCACCAACCAGGUGGGACAGGACGGGCACCGCGUGUUCCGGGCACUCAGCCCAGAGCUGGCCCUGGAGGUGACACCACAGGGAACCACUGGACACCUCUGGAUCACAGUGGCCACAGGGCUUGGCGGGUCCCUCCUCUUCCUGGUGCUGCUUGUGGGUGGAGCUGUGGGCUGGCACCGGUGGAACAACAUGGGUGGGGUCCCCUUGGAGCCCCCGGACCCACCAGAGGAGGGGGAGGUGCUGUACACCCACGUCGUGAUCACCGAGCACAUGGGGGCGUGCCCCCGUGCCACCACACUCCAGGAUCCCCAGGUGACCUAUGCGGAGCUGCCAGCAACCCAUGGGCGACCACGGGAAUCUGGGGACAUCUACGGGAAUGACACAGGAUCAGGCCACGACACAGGGUGCCAGGUGAGCUCCGGGGAUGGGGCUGUGUGGAAGAGCAGCGCCCAGCUCAGCGUCACGGUGUGCAAGGUCCCACCCUCGGGGGUGUCCCUGUCAGUGCAGCCCCCCGGAGGACAGGUGGCACUUGGAGACAGCCUGGUGCUGAGCUGCACGGUGGCCAUGGGGACAGGUCCCCUGUCCUUCUCCUGGCACCGGGAGGGCUCGGGGGCAACGCUGGGCACCGGCCCCCGCCUGGAGCUGCGGCACGUUGGGGACAAUGACAGUGGCCACUACCAGUGCCGGGUCAGCGACGGUGAAAGCGUGGCCCAGAGUGUCCCCCUGAAUGUCACUGUCCUGGUGCCCGUGGCCAAUGCCACCAUCACCCCCAGUCCCCCGGCACUCCAGGUGCGCCCAGGUGACCCCGUGACCCUGCGCUGCUCGGUGCAGGUGGGCUCAGCCCCUGUCACAUUCACUUGGCUCCACAACGGCCAGGAGCUGGCCCGGGGUCCCCUCCUGCAGCUUGGGGACGUCGAUGUGGGACAUUCGGGCACCUACCAGUGCAUGGCCACCAACCAGGUGGGACAGGACGGGCACCGCGUGUUCCGGGCACUCAGUCCAGAGCUGGCCUUGGAGGUGACACCACAGGGAACCACUGGACAACUCUGGAUCACAGUGGCCACAGGGCUUGGCGGGUCCCUCCUCUUCCUGGUGCUGCUCGUGCGUGGAGCUGUGGGCUGGCACCAGUGGAACAACAUGGGGCCCCCCCCAGAGACCUUGGCACCCCCAGAGGAGGGGGAGGUGCUGUACACCCACGUCGUGAUCACCGAGCACAUGGGGGCGUCCCCCCGUGCCACCACACUCCAGGAUCCCCAGGUGACCUACGCGGAGCUGCCAGCAACCCAUGGGCGACCAAGGGAAUCUGGGGACAUCUACGGGAAUGGGGAGCUGCCGCAGGGAGCACUUCCGGCCAGCAGGGGGCGCUGCUGCAGGGAGCACUUCCGGCCAGCAGGGGGAGCUGCCGCAGGGAGCACUUCCGGCCAGCAGGGGGCGCUGCUGCAGGGAGCACUUCCGGCCAGCAGGGGGCGCCCCGGUGCCAGCUCCAACCCCUCAGGGGCCAUGGCGGCCUCGGCCCCGUGA